AUGUCGCAGAAUGAGUGUCACGGGAAAUUCACGGGUAUUGAUAGAAUCUUAAAAUUAUUAACAGAUAAACGAACGGCAAUUGAACGAGAAAAGAAAAGAUUGAGAAGAACUGCAGUCGUCACCGAACGUCAAAUUCUAACAACGGCUUCACUCCAAGCACAAGCCACAUUGCCAACAAGUUUAGUUUCAAUGCCAUUGCCACCAACAACUUUGUCGCCAAUAACACCACAAUUACCACCUUCGUUCUCGCCCAAAACACGUACAAGAUUAACUAUCACAUUGGACACUCAUACACCUUCUCGUUCACCUACAUCAGCAUUUUAA